UCUUUAUAACAAGACGGUGAAAAUAAGCUCAAUAAAUGAAGAGCCAUGUGCUAGUCUUCUGAAAGGCACACGCCGGUUGCUGCCCCGGGCGGACCGAAGUCUUAGUUCCCCGCCUUCAGCUGCCUGACAUAGAGUAGGGGAGGAGCAGGAGCCGGGAGGGGGGGUGGGUGAGCGCGCACCAUCCCGAGCCAAGACAAGCAACACAUUCACAAAUAACACCCCCCACUUCCACCCCCACCCCCACGCGCUACCAUUCAAACCAGCCUCUCUCCCCAGCCGCACUGACAGUGUCCGCACCGCCACCCCGCCGGGGCGCAGCGCCAGGGCGCACGGAGCCCGAGACUUGCCCAAGCCGGAGCUGGAGUCCAGGCGGCGGCUGCGGCAGCCGCACAAGGAUUCCCAGCGCCAGCCAGGGGGAGCUGGAAGGAGCCGUCUCCGCGACACCGCGGAUCAAGAGGAAAGAGCGAGUUAGGGGGACCGGGACUCCGCUGACACUCCCCUACUUCGGCGGCCAGUCCGCCGGAGUGGAGGGCGACCAUGGCACUGGCAGUGGGGCCGCUGCGCCGGGGGAGCUUGGCCCCUAUCCUCUUGGGCACCCUGUGUCUCCUGUACAUCGCCGGACAGGUAUGUGGAGAUCAAAGCCAAGGAGCUGUGUUUUUACGGGAAUUUACACUGAUUCGAAGAGAGAGCCUUCAUGACGAUUUCCUUUCCGAUCUCCUGAACAGCCACAAAAUUGAAGAUGCGAGUUCCAGGACAGCUCGAUCUGAGGAAGACCGGGAUACCCUGUGGGAUGCCUGGGGUCCAUGGAGUGAGUGUUCCAGAACCUGUGGAGGAGGAGCCUCAUAUUCAUUGAGACGCUGCCUUAGCAGCAAGAGCUGUGAAGGACGUAAUAUUCGAUACAGAACCUGCAGCAAUGUGGACUGCCCUCCAGAAGCAGGAGAUUUUCGGGCUCAGCAAUGCUCUGCUCACAAUGAUGUCAAGUAUCAUGGCCAAUUUUAUGAAUGGCUACCUGUGUCAAAUGACCCUGACAACCCAUGUUCUCUGAAGUGCCAGGCCAAAGGGACCAGCCUUAUUGUUGAAUUAGCCCCUAAAGUUUUAGAUGGUACGCGAUGCUACACAGAAUCACUGGACAUGUGUAUUAGUGGUUUAUGUCAGAUUGUUGGCUGUGACCACCAGCUGGGAAGCACCGUCAAGGAAGAUAGCUGUGGAGUCUGCAAUGGAGACGGUUCCACCUGCCGGCUGGUCAGAGGGCAGUACAAAUCGCAGCUCUCAGCAACCAAACUUGAUGAUACCGUGGUUGCCGUUCCCUAUGGAAGCAGACAUGUUCGCCUUGUCUUAAAAGGACCUGAUCACUUGUAUCUGGAAACUAAGACUCUACAGGGAACAAAAGGUGAAAACAGCCUCAGCACUACGGGUACCUUCCUUGUGGACAAUACCAGUGUUGACUUCCAGAAAUUUCCAGACAAAGAGAUAUUGAGAAUGGCAGGACCCCUCACUGCAGAUUUUAUUGUCAAGGUCCACAAUGCUGGAGCUGCUGAUAGCACUGUUCAGUUCAUUUUUUAUCAGCCCAUCAUACACAGGUGGAGAGAAACUGAUUUCUUUCCUUGCUCAGCAACCUGUGGAGGAGGUUACCAGCUGACCUCGGCUGAGUGCUAUGAUCUGCGGAGCAGCCGAGUUGUAGCAGAUCAAUACUGCCACUAUUACCCAGAGAAUGUCAAACCCAAACCAAAGCUUCAAGAGUGUAACUUGGACCCCUGUCCUGCCAGUGACGGCUACAAGCAGAUCAUGCCCUAUGACCUCUACCAUCCCCUUCCUCGGUGGGAAACUACACCCUGGACAGCCUGUUCCUCCUCCUGUGGAGGUGGUAUCCAAAGCCGGACAGUUUCCUGUGUAGAAGAAGAUAUCCAAGGGCAUGUCAGUUCAGUGGAAGAAUGGAAAUGCAUGUACACUCCUAAGAUGCCCAUUGUUCAGCCUUGCAACAUUUUUGACUGUCCUAAGUGGCUGGCACAAGAGUGGUCUCCGUGUACUGUGACAUGUGGACAGGGGCUCAGAUACCGUGUAGUACUCUGUAUUGAUCAUCGAGGAAUGCAUACAGGUGGUUGCAGUCCUAAAACAAAGCCACACAUAAAAGAAGAAUGUAUUAUACCUACUCCCUGCUAUAAACCCAAAGAGAAACUUCCUGUGGAAGCCAAGCUGCCAUGGCAUAAGCAAGCCCAAGAGCUGGAAGAAGGAGCUGUGGUGUCAGAAGAGCCCUCAUUCAUCCCUGAGGCCUGGUCGGCCUGCACGGUCACCUGUGGUGUGGGCACCCAGGUGAGGAUGGUGAAGUGUCAGGUGCUGCUGUCUUUCUCCCAAUCUGUGGCUGAUCUGCCCGUCGAUGAAUGCGAAGGUCCCAAACCGGUGUCCCAGCGCGCCUGCUAUGCCGGACCUUGCAACGGGGAAAUUUCUGAGUAUAACCCUGAAGAGACAGACCUGCUCUAUGGCAGCCUGCAGGAUUUUGAUGAGUUGUAUGACUGGGAGUAUGAGGGCUUCACGGAGUGUUCCGAGUCCUGUGGAGGAGGUGUCCAAGAGGCUGUGGUGAGCUGCCUGAAUAAACAGACGCGGGAGACCGCAGAUGAAAGCCUGUGCGUGACCAGCCGCCGGCCACCGAAGCUCCUGAAAUCCUGCAAUUUGGAUCCCUGCCCUUCAAGGUGGGAGAUUGGCAAGUGGAGUCAAUGUAGUUUAACCUGUGGAGUCGGCCUCCAGACCCGGGAUGUUUUCUGCUCCCACCUACUUUCCAGAGAGAUGAACGAGACAGUGGUAUUGGCAGAUGAGCUAUGCCAUAAGCCCAAGCCCAUUGUCGUACAAGCUUGCAACCGUUUCAACUGCCCACCAGCCUGGUACCCUGACGAAUGGCAACAGUGUUCCCAGACUUGUGGAGGGGGCAUUCAGAAAAGAGAUGUUCUUUGCAAACAACGCAUGGCUGAUGGCAGCUUCCUCGAGCUGCCAGAGACUUUUUGCUCAGCCCCAAGGCUUGCCUCCCAACAAGCUUGCAGGAAUGAGGACUGUCCCUAUGAAUGGCUUCUUUCUGAAUGGACACAGUGUUCCACGAGCUGCGGAGAAGGCACCCAGACUCGGAGUGCCAUUUGCCAAAAGAUCCUGAAAUCAGGAGAAUCCAUCAUUGUCAACUCUUCCCUGUGCCCGCCAUUACCUUUCUCUUCCUCCAUCCAGUCCUGCAUGCUAGCAGCCUGUGCAAAGCCCAGUCGCCCAUCUCCCAAACACAGUCCUCACAUUACAGCCAUCAGGAAGAUCUAUAUUCAGACCCGGAAACAAAGAAAGUUACACUUUGUGGUGGGAGGCUUUGCCUAUCUGCUUCCCAAGACUUCUGUGGUCCUCAAGUGCCCCACGCGGAGGUUCCGAAAGCCUCUCAUCACCUGGGAGAAGGAUGGCCGGCAUCUCACCAGCUCUGCCCACAUUACAGUGGCACCUUUUGGUUACCUGAAAAUCCAUCGUCUUAAGCCCUCAGACACAGGCACCUACACCUGCUCUGCAGGACCAGCUCAGGAACAUUUUGUGAUCAAGCUCAUUGGAGGCAACCGUAAGCUUCUAGCCAGACCCUUGGGACUAAGAAAUGAGGAGGAAACCCCUCCAAUGAGGAAGAACAGUGCAAAUGAGGCUCUUCGAACCCAGGAAAAGCACCAAAAUGGAAUUUUUUUCAAUGGCAGUAAGGCUGAAAAGCGGGCUCCCACAGUUGAUCCUGGAAGUCGCUAUGAUGAGAUUGUCUCCAGACUGCUGGAACAGCGAGGCUGGCCCGGAGAGCUGUUUACCUCUUGGGAAGCCCAGGAUUCUACAGAGAGGAACAUCUCCUCAGAGGAGGACCAGAAUCCAGAGCAAACCCUUCUCCAUCUGCCUUUCACCAUGGUAACUGAGCAGCAGCGGCUCGAUGACCUGCUCAGGAACAUCUCUCAACAGCCUGAGGAACUUCAAGACUUAUACAGCAAACAUUUGGUGGCCCAGCUGGCUAGGGAAAUCUUUAGGACUAACCUAGAGCAUCAGGACUCACUCCUCAAGUCCGCAGAGGGCAGAGUCCAUCCUGUGGCGAUCCCUCCCCACAAACAUGUAUCUGGAUUCAGCAGUUCUCUCCGCAUCUCCUCUCCAAGUUCCUCAGAUGAGAUGAGAAGUGGCCAUCCCCAAAGAAGGCCAGUGAUACUGAGGAAAAUCUCAGCUGCCCAACAGCUCUCCGCCUCUGAGGUGGUCACACACCUCGGGCAGACUGUAGCCCUUGCCAGUGGAACACUGAGUGUCCUUCUGCACUGUGAAGCUGUGGGAAACCCAAAACCUACUAUCACCUGGGCCAGGAAUGGGGAAGAGGUGCAGUACAGUGACAGAAUUCUUCUGCAACCAGAUGAUUCCUUACAGAUCCUAGCACCUGUUGAAGCUGAUGUGGGUUUCUACACUUGCAAUGCCACGAACGCCCUAGGAUCCGACUCUGUCUCCAUUGCUGUCACUUUAGCAGGAAAACCAUUAGUGAAGACAUCAAGGAUGGCUGUGACCAAUACAGACUUACCUGCUGUCACUGUUGAUGUGGGGAGUAUCAUCAAAACUAUCCAGGGAGUAAAUGUGACAAUCAGCUGCCAAGUUGCAGGUGUGCCUGAAGUAGAAGUCACUUGGUUCAGGAAUAAAAGCAAAUUGGCUCCUCUUCACCACCUGCAAGAUGGCUCCCUGUCUAUUACAAAUGUCUCCUUUUCCGAUCAGGGGCUGUACUCCUGUAGAGCAGUCAAUCUUCACGGAGAAGUGACUGAAAACACCCAGCUAGUGAUACUAGAUCCCCCCCAUCCUCCUUCUCAACUGGAAGACAUGAAGGCCCUGCUUUCAGCCAAUGGACCCAACCUUCCCUCUGUGCUCACUUCUCCUCUGGGAACACAGCUGGUUUUGAGUCCUGGGAAUUCUGCUGUCCUUGGUUGCCCAAUCAAGGGCCAUCCUAUGCCUAACAUAACUUGGUUCCAUGAUCAUCAGCUUAUUGCUACAUCAGCAGAACCAACAUACCGCAUAUUAGCAGCUGGGCAGAUUCUUCAGAUUACAAAUGUCAGUGGAGGGUCUCAAGGUGAAUUCAGCUGCCUAGCUCAGAAUGAGGCUGGAACGCUAGUACAAAAAGCAUCUCUCGUGAUCCAAGAAUACUGGUGGUCGGUGGACAAACUGGUGGGAUGCUCAGCCUCAUGUGGGAACAAAGGAGUCCAACAACUCCACCUGAAGUGUGUGCUGAAUAAUACCGAGGUCAACCCUUCCUAUUGUGCAGGAAAGGCUAAGCCGGCUGUGCAACCUGUAGCCUGUAACAGAAGAGACUGUCCAUCCCGAUGGAUGGUGACUUCUUGGUCAUCUUGCACUCGAAGCUGUGGGGGAGGGGUCCAGACUCGUCGAGUUACCUGUCAGAAACUGAAAGCCACUGGAGUCUCAGUACCCAUGUCCAAUGAUAUGUGUUCCCAACUUGCCAAACGACCUGUGGACACCCAAGCAUGUAACCAGCAGCUCUGUGUGGAAUGGGCCUUCUCUAGUUGGGGCCAGUGUAAUGGGCCAUGCAUCGGGCCCCGCCUGGCAGUGCAACAUAGGCAAGUCUUCUGCCAGACAAGGGAUGGACUCUCCUUACCUUCUGAGCAAUGUAGUGCUCUCCCAAGGCCUGUAAGCACUCAGAAUUGCUGGGCAGAAGCCUGUGGUGUACACUGGAGGGUCAGCCUGUGGACACUGUGUACGGCGACGUGCGGCAACUAUGGCUUCCAGUCGCGCCGAGUGGAGUGUGUGCACAUCCGCACCAAUAAGCCUGUACCAGAGCAUCUGUGCUCCUGGAGACCUCGCCCUGCCAACUGGCAGCGCUGCAAUAUCACCCCUUGCGAAAACAUGGAGUGCAGAGACACCACCAGGUACUGCGAGAAGGUGAAGCAACUGAAACUCUGCCAACUCACCCAGUUCAAAUCUCGCUGCUGUGGGACUUGCGGCAAAGCCUGAAGAUGGGGAGCGGGGGAUUGCUCUGCUUUGGCCACCCAAAGGACUCGUGCAACCAAGUGGGACAGAACUCAAGCUUUCUUCAUGUUAUUUAUUUAUUUUCCCUUUUCUCCCUCUCCUCCUUCCCCACCCCUUCACACCCUCAUCUGACUCCCUCCCUGGACCAGCACCCCCCCAUCUUUGAUUAUAAGGGCCUCGACAAGCUUUCCCUUCCACACUUCUGGAAGACAGAAUGCGAUAAAGGCAGGAAUAGAUAGAGUUAUAAAAGGAAAGGAAGAAAAAUUUCUAGGCUGAGCCGGGCCCAGAAAAAGCAAGCUGCUUAAGGGGGCCUCUGCCCCUAUAAUGACCCAGAGAAGCUAGGAGAAGGUGAAGUCCUCCAAAGUCACUACCAAUGCCAUCGGCCCCAGGAGGCAAAGCCUCCACUGUGCUUAGUUAGCUCAACAAACAAAAAAAAUUGGAAAAAAAAAAAAAAAAAGUGGAGAGGGUAAAUUUGUAUGUAUUUACAUAAACCUUGGACAACUAACAGGGUGUUUGUUUUGUUGAGAGAGAGAGUGUGAGUGUGUGUGUGAGAGAGAGAGAGAGUGUGAGUGAGUGUGUGUGUGUGUGUGUGUGUGUGUGUGUAACACAGGACUGUCUCAGUUUGUCUCAUCUGCCUGUCAUGUCCUCUGUCACAAUGAGAAUGACUGGAGGGAAAGGAAAAAAAGUCAGCUUGGAACUGGAAUGAAAAUCAGUGGAGAAGCCAGCUCUUCUUCUUUGCUGAGAGGAGACUGGGAAAUAAGGUCAUAAGAAAGUGUAAUACAAAGGGAAUGAAUUGGUAAGAGUGCAGGGGAUGAAGGAAGAAGCACUAAGAAUUAUGAGGUACAGUAUUAUCUAUAAAAUAAAGAGGAUGAGGAAAGAGACAGGGAAAGGGGGUGUACAUGCAACGGGUACAGGCUGGUACCACAUCAAAGGUUGUCACUGACUUAAGGGUUGAAAGGAAUAUUAGAAGUCAUCCAUUCCAACCUAUUUUACAGAGGGCAAAUCCAACACAAGAUAUCAAGUGAUUGUAUAAAUGCUCUAACUUGCAUGGUCAAUGAGCAACAGGGUUUAUUUGAACCCACAGUCUCAGAUUCCAAUCCAGCCCAUUUUCCAUUGGGUAACAAUACCACCUCAUAAGAACCAGUUAUACUGGGCUCAAAAAUAUCAUGUGUCCCUUCAAUUUAUGGGUUUGUGCUCCCUCAAGUCAGCCCUCAGAGCUGGCAUAGUGCUUUCUGUUUGGAAAGUGCACAACUCCUUCCCUUGGCAAUGAGGAAGGCUUCUGGGGAAGAUUCUCCAGUUGGGGCCAUUCUUUUCUAUGCUGCAGCAUUCAAAUAGGAUGGCCUAAUGACUUGGAGUAGUGGGUGCUUUCUAUUGACCAGCUAUGGCCCUGUAGGAGCCAUGCACAGAAUAGCAGGGGCUGGAAAGCUUCAUCCUUCCCCCUUAGUGCCUUACCAUAGAUGUGUCUCAGGCAAUGAAAUCCUUUCUGCCUUUGUAGUUCUGGCAGUCAAACACUCUUGUAACCCCCCGUUAUUUUAUAUUAGAAAGCUUCAUUCAACCAACCAGGAGCUCCCCAACAUUAAUCACCUUUAUGCUUCAAAGGCAAAUAAAGACUUUAUUUGGGAGACUGAUUUUGGAACAAUUUCCUAUUACCCUUAGUGUAGCAGAACUCGGGCACCUUAAUGACCAGGGAGGGAUGGUACCUCUAGAAUGAGCCACAGAGCUGCUUCUCUGCCCACACAAGAAUAAGGUACCACUCAACUCUGGGAGUGCUGCCACGGGUGCCAUGGCUCUGUCUUCAAACUUAAAAUUCAUUUGGGGAAGUCAACAUCAAGGUCAAUAGUAACAUUCCUCUGCUGUAUCCUUCCCCCAUGAAGCAAAGAGGGAAUGGUCAGAAUGUGUUUCUAUCUCCAUUCUUCCUCUUCCUCCAGAAUUGGGCUCCCAGAAAUCAUGUUACUUAGAAUCAGUGUAAGUUUUAUUUAAAAUAAAAAGAGAAUGUCUUCUAUGUCUGUA